AUGCUCCGUCGGUUAUUCGGUGGAUCGCUCGCGACGACAGUGACGGCCGGCUCCUUCAGCACCACCGCGCGCCUGAUGGACCGCCCGCGCAUCCCGGUGGCGAACGCCGUGGUGGAGAUGGACGGGGACGAGAUGGCGCGGAUUAUGUGGGGCCUCAUCAAGCAGAAGCUCAUCCUGCCUUAUGUGGACCUCCCGAUCCACUAUUUCGACCUCGGCAUCCAAAACCGCGACGCCACGAACGACGAGGUCACCGUGGCCGCCGCUAAGGCCAUCCAAGACUGCCAGGUGGGCGUCAAGUGCGCGACCAUCACCCCGGACGAGGCGCGCGUCGCGGAGUUCGGCCUCAAGAAGAUGUGGAAGAGCCCGAACGGGACGAUUCGCAACGUCCUGAACGGGACCGUCUUUCGCGAGCCGAUCGUGAUCUCAAACAUCCCUCGGUUGGUCCCGCACUGGGGGCGGCCGAUCGUCGUGGCGCGCCACGCCUACGGCGAUCAAUACGCGGCCCAGGACGCGAAGUUCGGCCCUGGGAAGCUCCAGCUCGUGCAUUUGCCCGCCGACGGCGGCGAGCCGACCGUUUUGGAUGUCUUUAACUUCCAGGGCGACGGCGUCGGCCUCGCGAUGUACAACACCCAGGCGAGCAUCGAGGGCUUCGCCAAGAGCUGCUUCGAGUACGCGAUUCUGCGCCAGCUGUCGGUGAUCCUGACGACCAAAAACACCAUUCUCAAACGCUACGACGGGAUGUUUCUCGAGACCUUCCAGGGGGUUUUCGACCAGACCUACAAGGCCGCGUUCGCGAAGCUCGGGAUCGGCUAUGAGCACCGGCUCAUCGACGACCAAGUCGCGCAGGUGUUGAAAGGCAGCGGGAAUAUCCUCUGGGCGUGCAAGAACUACGACGGGGACGUCGAGAGCGACAUCGUGGCGCAGGGGUUCGGCUCGUUGGGGCUGAUGACCUCCGUUUUGAUGACGCCGGACGGGAAGAUUCUCGAGGCGGAGGCCGCGCACGGCACCGUGACCCGGCAUUACCGCAAUCAUCAAAAGGGCGAGCCGACGAGUACGAACUCCGUGGCCUCGAUCUUCGCGUGGACGCGGGCCCUCGCCCACCGCGGGCGCCUCGACGGCAGCGACGCCCUCGUGAACUUCGCCCAGACCCUCGAGAAGGUGGUGAUUCGCGUCAUCGAGGAGGGCCACAUGACGAAGGACUUGGCGUUGUGCGUGCACGGCAGCAAGAACCUCAAGGCGAAACACUAUGAAUCCACCGAGGGUUUCAUCGAGAGUGUGGCCAAGGCCCUCGACAAGGCCAUGGCGUCUUAA